GCCAAUUUAAUCAUAGAGAGCAACCAAAACUAAAAUCAUGGGAAAGGCAAUGAAAGUAUUGCUUAUGUUGUGCAUGGUGGGAUACCUUGCCUCAGUUGCAUUUGCCAUUCGAGUGAACGAUGACAAUGGCGCUGAAGAGGGUGGUGCCAACGGCGAGGGGGGUGCUUCCGGUAUUGGCAAUGGCGGUUCUACAGGAACUGCUUCUGUCUAUGAUCCACCUUACUCUCCCAACCAGUGUUACGGAGAUGAUCCACUGACGACUACGCUGGUGGCAACAGUAAGUGAGGCCUUGUGGGCUGGAGGGGAUAAUUGUAAAAAGACUCUGAGAGUGAGGUGCAUUAAGUCCUCCGACGCAAGCAAACCUUGCAAACUGCACACCUCUGUCGAUGUAAAAGUAGCUGAUUACUGCCCAGACUGCGGAAUAACUUUUCAGAUUUCUGACGAUGCUUAUGCCAAGAUUGCUGAUCCUGCUGCUCCAUCACUCCAAGUUGGAUAUACCUGGGUGUAAGGAAAGUCGUAAAUGGCAUUAACAGGAGAAGCUUGUGUGUAGUUGCCCUAGCAAGUUUCUUAUCAUGUCCAACACCAAAAUAUAAAUAAAUAAAAAGGG